AUGGUGACCCUGGUCGUGGCUAACGCCCCCCCCGCCGAUCCGGCGUCGAUCGGCCCAGCCUCCGCUUUCCUUGCUCUGCCUGGUUGGACACCUGGUCCCCUUAUCGAUGAAAAAAUUGCGAGCUUCGUCAAUGGCGAGACGAGGCUAUUGAAGCACGAGAGAAGUAUCGUGGCGGAAGAUGACCUGGAUCACCGAUGGCAGGAAGCUACAGGGGAGGCUGUCUCUGAGGUCAUCUUCCUCAGCCGCCACACGGCCGUCUCCAACCGCCCCGCUUUGACAGUUCAUCCAAUCGGCGUGCCUCAUCUGAGAGUUGGGGAUGUCCCUCCCCAAGGCGGGCGACCGGCAUGGGCAGCUCCACCCAAUCCGAGAAUCGCUCCUUGGUUCAGACUGCUGAGAAAAAUUGCUCUUGACCAGGGCCUCAUUCCAGAGUUUGAGGUAACCCUAGAGGCAACCCAUCAUGGACCUGUGGUUAGUGCACCGACAAUGUUUUUGGAGAUAGGAAGCACUGAAGAGUACUGGGGAAGACAAGAUGCUGCUCAAGCUAUGGCAUUGCUUUUGUGGCGAGGACUUGGGCUUGAUGAUGGUGACGGUGUGGGAAUAUGGGACAGAAACAGUUACAAUAAAGUUCUUCUGGGUAUAGGUGGUGGUCACUAUGUACCCCGUCACAUGGAUAUUAUCCAGAAAGAAGGUGUGUGGGUGGGACACUUACUCUCUGGAUAUUCUUUGCCAAUGGAAGAGCCAGCGAAGCAUAAAGCAAAUGAUCAAGGUAAAAGUAUUGGUGGAACAUGGAAGCAAUCUAUCAAGGUUUCAUUUGAAGCCACAAAAGCAGCUUUUCCAGGAGGUGUAGUUCUAGCUCAUCUUGAUCAGAAGAGUAUGAAGGGCUGGCAGAAAAACGCUAUACUAAGCUUCUUGGCUGAAGAAAAUAUAAAGGUUGGAAAGCCAGAAGACUUCGCUUAACACUUUAUUCCUCGCCUCCAAUUACAUGCAUACAUAGACAUAGGCAUAGGCAUAGAUAUAUAUUUAUAAUGCUUAUUUAAGUCUAUAUUUCUUAUGGAAAUUAUCGUGACAUUUACUGCUUUCAUAUCAGUUUAAUUUUUAUUUUAUAUA